AGGCGGCGUGGAAGAAGAAAUUGGGGAAACCGCGAAGCUUUGUUACAUCGAGCUGCUCCGUCACGAUCCUUCGGAGUCGUGCAAGUUCUUCCUUCUGUUCUUUCAUCCGAUCGAAGAGCUUUGCAUCGAUCUCGUUUUGAUUCAGGGAUCGUAAGCUUGAAGAUCUCUGAGGCGGAAUCAUACGAAGCGACUGGAAUCAGGAAAGGGAGGAAGAUGGCUGAAGAGCAGCGAUGCCAGGAAGGACACCGCCUCUGCACCAACAACUGUGGGCUCUUAGGUUCACCAGCGACCAUGGAUCUAUGCUCCAAGUGCUAUCGUGACCUACGCCUCAAGGAGGAGCAAGCCGCCUCCGCCAAAAUAGCAGUCGAGAAAUCCCUCAUAUCCACUUCCCCCUCCCUAACCCCCUCUCUUAUCGCCACCGCACACGUUCCUGACUCUCCCCUGUCUUCCCUUCCCGAGUCCUCCGGCAACUCGGUGGUGGAUCGUUCAUCUGCAACGCCGGGCCGGUGUAAGGAGUGCCGGAAAAGGGUCGGUUUGACAGGCUUCCGCUGCCGUUGUGGGCUCCCGUUCUGCGGACCUCACCGUUACCCGGAGAAACAUGGCUGCUCCUUCGACUAUAAGGCCGCCGGUCGCGAGGCCAUCGCACGAGCUAACCCUAUCGUGAAGGCCGCCAAGCUCCAUAUGAUCUGAGACUGGUUUACUUAAUUGUCGGAACUCUGCCACUACAGUCGGCCUCAAUUCGCGAGCUCGGCGACGAUUUGGUCAGCUUUUGCGGCCUCCAUCUACGGUUUGUCAUCGACCGUGUUCAUCUACAUCUAGAAUUCUCCUCUGCGCGCUUUUUUUUUUUUCUUCCUUGCACUUUCAUCCCUUUUUCGUAGUUUGUUGUAAAAAUACGACGGUCUACUUUCCCUUUGUUGAUGAAACAACUAAAAAAGAUAGUUUGGAUUA